AUGGCUUCUCCUUCUUCUUCCACUUCUUUGGUUAGUACACUCCUUCUUUCUCCACACAAUGGCUAUAAAGUCUGGGAAGACCCAUCAUUCAUCAAAUGGAGAAAAAGAGACCCUCAUGUUCAUUUACAUUGCCAUGAAUCCAUUGAAGGAUCUCUGAAAUAUUGGUAUCAACGCAGCAAAGUGGAUUUUCUGGCUUCUCAAUCUGCUGUUUGGAAAGAUGAUGCUGUUAAUGGAGCUCUUGAGAGUGCUGCUUUUUGGGUCAAAGACUUGCCUUUUGUUAAAUCUUUGUCUGGAUAUUGGAAAUUUUACUUGGCUUCUAAUCCCAGCAAUGUCCCUACUAAGUUUCAUGAAAAUGAGUUUCAGGAUUCAGAAUGGAAUACUUUACCUGUUCCUUCGAAUUGGCAACUCCAUGGAUUCGACCGUCCUAUAUAUACGAAUGUAACGUAUCCGUUUCCGCUUGAUCCUCCCUUUGUUCCUUCGGAAAAUCCUACUGGCUGCUACAGAAUGGACUUCCAACUUCCUAAAGAAUGGGAAGGUAGAAGAAUUUUGUUACAUUUUGAAGCAGUUGAUUCGGCCUUUUGUGCAUGGAUAAACGGGCAUCCUAUAGGAUAUAGUCAAGACAGCAGGCUACCUGCGGAGUUUGAAGUCACCGAUUUUUGUCAUCCAUGUGGUUCAGACUUGAAGAAUGUUCUGGCCGUUCAAGUGUUUAGAUGGAGUGACGGGUGUUACCUAGAGGAUCAGGAUCACUGGCGUUUAUCUGGCAUCCACCGUGAUGUUCUUCUUCUCGCAAAGCCAGAGGUAUUUAUCACAGACUAUUUCUUCAAAUCAAACCUCGCUGAAGAUUUUUCUUACGCAGAGAUGCUGGUUGAAGUUAAAAUCGAUAGAUUACAAGAUACAUCAAAAGACAAUGUUCUUACAAACUACACCAUAGAAGCUACACUGUUUGAUUCCGGAAGCUGGGAAUCCUCCGACGGGAAUCCUGAUCUACUUUCGACAAAUGUAGCAGACAUAACAUUCCAACCAACAACUGCGCCGUUAGGGUUUUACGGUUAUACGCUCGUGGGAAAACUGCAAUCACCAAAGCUGUGGUCAGCAGAACAGCCGUACCUCUAUACAUUAGUUGUUGUCCUCAAAGAUAAAUCCGGCCGUGUGCUUGACUGCGAGUCAUCUCAAGUAGGCUUUAAAACUGUAUCUAAAGCCCACAAACAACUCCUCGUUAACGGACAUCCCGUUGUAAUACGAGGCGUGAACAGACAUGAACAUCAUCCCGAAGUUGGAAAGGCAAACAUAGAAGCCUGCAUGGUCAAGGACUUGGUCUUAAUGAAGCAAAACAAUAUUAAUGCCGUGCGGAACAGCCAUUAUCCUCAACAUCCGCGUUGGUACGAGUUAUGUGAUCUGUUUGGCAUGUACAUGAUAGAUGAAGCCAAUAUCGAGACACAUGGUUUCGAUUAUUCGAAACAUCUCAAGCAUCCUACUUUGGAACCAGUAUGGGCAACUGCAAUGUUGGACCGUGUGAUUGGCAUGGUCGAGAGGGAUAAAAACCACACGUGCAUUAUUUCCUGGUCUUUAGGGAACGAAUCUGGAUUCGGAACAAAUCAUUUCGCUAUGGCUGGUUGGAUUCGUGGAAGAGAUUCUUCGCGGGUGAUACAUUAUGAAGGAGGCGGAUCAAGAACUCCGUGCACUGAUAUCGUGUGCCCUAUGUAUAUGCGUGUUUGGGACAUGUUGAAAAUUGCCAACGAUCCUACCGAAACACGUCCUCUGAUACUCUGCGAGUAUUCACAUGCAAUGGGAAACAGCAAUGGGAACCUGCAUAUAUAUUGGGAAGCGAUCGACAACACAUUCGGACUCCAAGGAGGAUUUAUAUGGGAUUGGGUUGAUCAGGCUCUGCGGAAAGUUCACGCAGAUGGUACAAAGCGUUGGGCAUAUGGAGGUGAAUUCGGAGAUAUUCCUAAUGAUUUGAAUUUUUGUUUGAAUGGUCUUGUAUGGCCUGAUCGAACUGCUCAUCCUGUUUUACAUGAAGUCAAGUACUUAUACCAACCGAUCAAAGUGAAUUUCACUGAAGGGAAAUUAGAGAUAAAAAAUACUCAUUUUUUUCAAACAACAGAAGGAUUGGAGUUCACCUGGUAUAUUUCUGCAGAUGGAUACAACCUUGGAUCUGGUAAGUUGAGUCUUCCCUCAAUAAAGUCUCAAGGCAGUUAUGCUGUCGAUUGGCAAUCGGGUCCAUGGUAUACUCUAUGGAAUUCAUCGUCAUCAGAAGAACUGUUCUUGACAAUAACUGCUAAGCUUUUGAACUCGACACGCUGGGUUGAAGCUGGUCAUAUUGUUUCCACUGCUCAAGUUCAACUGCCUCCUAGGAGAGACAUUGUUCCUCAUGCUAUUGAUAUUCACGGUGGCGCUCCAGUUGUUGAAACCGUUGGAGAAAUAAUUAAAAUAAGCCAGCAAGAUGUUUGGGACAUAACAUUGAACACUAAAACAGGUUUAAUCGAAAGCUGGAAGGUAAAAGGAGUACAAGUUAUGAAUAACGGCAUACACCCGUGUUUCUGGCGAGCUUCUAUCGAUAAUGAUAAAGGAGGAGGAACUGAUAGUUAUUUGUCCAAAUGGAAAGCUGCUGGAAUUGACAGUGUCCACUUUAUCGCUGAGAGCUGUUCUGUACAGAAUACGACAGGAAACGCGGUUAAAGUGUUGGUGGUUUUCCAUGGUGUUACCAAGGGCGAGAAAUCAAAGGUUUUAUUUACAACAGAAAUGACAUACACUAUUUAUGCUUCUGGAGAUGUCAUUUUGGAUUUCAACGUGAAGCCGGAUUCCAAUCUUCCUCCUUUGCCACGGGUGGGAAUCGAGAUGAACUUGGAAAAAUCAUUGGAUCAAGUAAGUUGGUAUGGAAGAGGGCCGUUCGAGUGUUAUCCAGACAGAAAGGCUGCUGCAAAUGUUGCAGUUUACGAGAAGAAUAUCGAUGAGUUGCAUGUUCCUUAUAUUGUUCCUGGUGAAUGUGGUGGCAGAGCAGAUGUUAGAUGGGCAACAUUUGUAAACAAAAACGGUUUCGGAAUAUAUGCUUCAAAGUAUGGUAACUCUCCACCCAUGCAGAUGAGUGCAAGCUACUAUAGCACUUCGGAACUUGAUCGGGCGGCACACGAUUAUGAGCUUGUUAAAGGAGAUAGCAUUGAGGUUCAUCUGGAUCACAAGCACAUGGGGUUGGGGGGAGAUGACAGUUGGUCUCCGUGUGUUCACAACCAAUAUUUGGUUCCUGCGGUGCCGUAUUCCUUCUCUGUCAGGUUGUCUCUGGUAACUCCGGCUACUACUGGUAACGACAUCUACAGAUCUCAGCUUCAAACCUCUUGA